AUGGGAACCGGAAAGAAGGAAGCCACCCGGCGCGUGCGCCAGGGUAAGACUGGAGAUGGGAUGGGCAAUGUUCGCGUCAAGGGCGAGAACUUCUAUCGCGAUGCGAAGAAGGUGAAGCUUGCGAACAUGUACAAGGAUGGCAAGGCUCAGAGAAACGCGGACGGGAAAAUCACAAAAGCUGCGAGCUUCCAGUCAAGAGACGUCCCCAACGCCCGAAUCGAGCCAAACCGCAAGUGGUUCACCAACACUCGCGUCGUCUCCCAGGACACCCUCACAGCCUUCCGUGAGGCCAUGGCUGAAAAGGCCAAGGACCCUUACCAGGUUCUGCUCAAGUCAAAUAAGCUUCCCAUGAGUCUUAUUCACGACGGAGGCAAGGACAACAACACCACCAAUGGCAUCAAGCAGCACAAGGCCAAGAUGACCAUUGAGACGUCCCCGUUUUCGGGUGUCUUUGGCCCCAAGGCUCAGCGCAAGCGUGUCAAGCUUUCGGUCAGCACUGUCAAUGACCUUGCUGAUGACACCGAGAAGAGCAUGGAGACGUAUGAGGAGCGCCUGGAGCACAACAGGCUUCUGAGUGGAAAUGGCGAGGAGCCCGAGUCACUUACUAUGGCUAUCGAACCUGUGUUUGAUAAGGGUCAGAGUAAGCGUAUUUGGAACGAGCUUUACAAGGUCAUUGACUCUUCGGAUGUGGUCAUCCACGUUCUUGACGCCAGAGAUCCUAUUGGAACUCGAUGCAGGAGUGUUGAGAAGUACCUCAAGGAAGAGGCACCUCACAAGCACCUCAUCUUUGUUCUCAACAAGUGUGACUUGGUUCCCACUAGCGUUGCUGCUGCCUGGGUACGAGCCCUCUCCAAAGAGGUUCCCACACUUGCUUUCCACGCAAGCAUCAACAACUCGUUCGGAAAAGGAUCUUUAAUCCAGCUACUGAGACAGUUCUCUGCUCUCCACACAGACAGGAAACAAAUCUCUGUCGGUCUGAUUGGUGGCCCGAACACUGGAAAGUCUUCCAUCAUCAACACCCUGUCCAAGAAGAAGGUCUGCACUGUGGCCCCUAUUCCUGGUGAGACUAAGGUGUGGCAAUACGUAAGCUUAAUGAAGCGUAUCUACCUUAUCGACUGCCCUGGUAUUGUGCCUCCAUCAAGCACUGAUACGCCAACCGAUCUCGUCCUGCGAGGCGUGGCGCGUGUUGAAAAGGUGGAGCACCCUGCGCAAUACAUUGACGCUCUACUGAGCCGCGUCAAGCAGAACCAUAUGGAGAAGACAUAUGACAUCAGGGGAUGGCGAAACGGAACAGAGCUUCUUGAGCUACUUGCUCGGAAAGGAGGCCGUCUGCUCCGCGGAGGAGAGCCUGACCUGGAUGGUGUAGCGAAAAUGGUGCUAAACGAUUUCAUGAGGGGCAAGAUCCCCUGGUUCACCCCAGCUCCUAAACUGAGUGAAGAGGAUGAGGAAGAGGGCAGUGGCAAUGUCAAUGGCCGCCGCGGCAAGCUGGGUGAGAUGCCUCGGAAGCGACCCGCUUCCGAGACAUUGGAUGACGCUGAAGAAGCCAACGCCGAAGUCCCCGGAAAAGAAGCUGACGGGGAUGAGUCCUCGAAGAGUGAAUUUGAGGGGUUGGGCAGCGACACUGAAGAGGCCUCUUCAAGAAAACCUUCUUUUGGUGCUACCAGUGGAGCUCAAAGCGAUGCUGAGAGCAACUCUGACGAUGUCUUGUCUGUUAACGACGUGAGUGAUGACGAUGCUUCCAAGGAAGCUACUCGCGUUACCCAAAUCUCAUCUGACAAGCCUGGUCGCUCCAACAAGCGACAGCGUCGUUGA